AUGGAGGGGCUAUCGGAUGAAUCAACUUCGGAACCUAUUCCUAGAAUUCUUGUGAAAUUCCCUUCUGCUAUGGAGGAACAGUAUCCACCACCACCAACACCACUUAAUGAAGGGUUUCUUCGUGCGGACCUCCUCGAAAUGACCGAUAUGCCAAGGUACUGGACUUCUGUGCACCACUUAGGAACUGGCGCAUUUGGAGAAAUUCAUUUGGUCCAUUCUGAUCGUCCGGAUGCUCAACAAACCAAAAUUUUACACUCUGAAUUUGUUGUUAAAAUUCUGAAAUUUCCUUUGAGCGAGUUGGUUAAUGUUGUCAGGGAAGUGGAAAUGCAUCGGAUAUGUCGGGACCAUCAAAAUGUUCUUUUUGCCGGUGUCACAUAUUGUCAGCCUUUUAAGGAAGGAUAUAGAGUACAAAUGUGCCUUGAAUAUGCAGCUCUUGGAGAUUUAUCACUGUUUGCUAACAAAAAGAAAGAAGAGCGUCAUAUUGGAUACGUGCUCAAGGAGGUAAUAUACGGACUAUCCUACAUCCACGAAAAAGACAUUGUUCAUGGUGACCUCAGUGUGCGGAAUGUUCUAGUCACACACAAAGGAGUGAUCAAGCUUUCUGACUUCGGCAUGGCUGACAAUUUCAAAAAUACAACACGUCCAAGAAAAGGUCUUAUCAAAGGGACGCCGGGAUUCAUUGCCCCGGAAGUAAUGGAUAUGAAAAGUUAUGAUAACAAGGCUGAUAUGUGGAGUCUUGGAAUAUUUGCUUUAUUUUUAUUGACCGGAGGGAAUCCAUUCAAACUAGGACUAAUUUUUAAUUUACAAUCGUACCGUAAUUUGUUAUCUCAACAUUUCUAUCCGGAUCUCAAUAGAUUGUUGCUAUCAUAUAACUUUAAGAGCUUUAUGUCCGAUUUGAAACACUACGAUCCGGAUGAGAGGUGUGAUGCAUUUGAGAUUCUGUCAGAACCAAUCCUUCACGAAUGUUGCACAUCUAGAGAGUUCAUGGAGCUCUACAGUCAGAUGAGAAUGUCUAAUGGAAGAACAUUUCCAUAUGCUGAACAAUCGGAAGUUCUCGUUGUUCCAGUUACUCGGGAGUGA